CAUUUCCCCUAUAAAUAUAAAUCUCUUCUACUCAGCCGCAUAAGUCAUAACAGUGACAUGAAAGACGAGCGAGUACUCACACAUAAAUGUAAUGUAUCAGCACCGGCAACAACACUCUUUCAAACUCAAUGCCCAUUAGGGCACAAAAAACUAGGGUAAUGGAAGACCGCUGCAAUUCACUUAUUCCAUUGGAUAUUGAAACAAAUAGGUGUGAAGAAGUGUUGAGACAUUGUCGACCAAAGGAGUGUAAACCUGUGAACCAUAAUUUAGAUGAUUGUGAUGUGGUUCCUACACCACAGGAUUGGAUGAAAUUUAACUCAGAAGAUGAGGUAAGAUCAUAUUAUACAAAAUAUGCAAACCAAGAAGGUUUUGCCAUCAUGACAAGAACCUCAAAAAGGGGAGCUGAUGGUAAGCUUUUCUAUUUUAUACUUGCAUGUUCAAGCAAAGGAUAUAGAAGAAUCGGUAAAAAGAAUCCUGUCACAAAUUGUUCAUCAGGGAAACAAAAGUGUGAAGCCAGGAUCAUUGUUAAUUUAUGUGAAGAUGGUGCCUACUGUUUUAAAUCUAUUACGCUUAAUCACAAUCAUGAAUUGAAUCCAAACCAAGUCAAGUCUAGAAAUAGUGCUGAUACUAACAAGAGGUUGAAAAGGACAUUAGAUCCAAAUGAUCAAGCUGAGAAAGGAGGGAAGAAGAGUUUUGGGUCUCUUGUGGUUAAACCUGAGGUCAAUGAAAAUCUGGCAUUUUGUGAACAAGGCUUUAGAAAUUACAUUCAGAAAGAGAAACGACUUAUUGGGGAAGAUGGAGAUGGUCAUGCCCUUCAUAAGUAUUUUAUGCGGAUGCAAGAACAAGACAGCAAUUUCUUUUAUGCAAUUGACUUUGAUGAUUGCUUUUGUGUGAAGAACAUUUUUUGGGCCGAUGGAAGGAGCAGAGCUGCAUACAAAUUAUUUGGUGAUGUGGUGAAAUUUGAUUCUACAUAUCUUUCUAACCAAUACAAAAUACCUCUUACAUUCUUGGUUGGAGUUAACCAUCAUGGACAAUCUAUACUUUUCGGUUGUGGGUUAUUGUCCUCUGAAGACACACAAUCAUUUGUGUGGUUGUUUCAAUCAUGGCUGGUUUGCAUGUCUGGUGUUCAACCGAAAGGUAUCAUAACAGAUCAACGCAAGACUGUGCAGAGUGCAAUUGGCAUUGUAUUCCCCUCCACUCGACAUUCUUGGUGUUUAUCACAUAUUAUGAAAAAACUUCCUCAAAAUAUAGGUGGACACACCGAGUAUGAUACUUUAAGUUACCAUUUACAGAGAGUUGUAUAUGAUUCAUUCACUACAAAUGAAUUUGAAACAGCUUGGAAGAUGAUUGUGGAGGAAUUUGACCUAGAGGACAAUGAAUGGUUGAGGGAGUUGUACCUUGAAAGACACAGAUGGGUUCCUACAUUUAUAAGAUGUAGUUUUUGGGCUGGAAUGUCUGCUACCCAACUUGGUGCAAUUCCACGUGGUUUUUUUGAUGAAAUAAUCAGUGUCCAAACAAGUUUGAAACAGUUUGUUGAUAAAUAUGACAUUGCUUUGCAAGCCAAAGUUGAAAAAGAGUUUGAAGCUGAUUUUCUGUCAUAUAGUAGCACUCUUGAAUGUGCUACAAACUCUCCAAUUGAACGGCAAUUCCAAUCUGCAUACACUCAUGCAAAGUUUCUAGAGGUCCAGAAAGAAUUUAUAGGGAAAGCAGAUUGUAACGUUUGUAUUGCACAUGUUGAAGGUUCUAUUUGUCACUAUAAUGUCAUUGAAGAUACAAUGAUAGGUGAUAAACCCAAGGAAACCAUGUUUCAAGUCACAUUUGACAGGGUUAACUGUGAUGUAAAGUGCAUAUGCAACAUGUUUGAAUUUAAAGGUAUACUUUGUAGACAUUCACUUGGUAUACUAUCUAUGGAACGAGUAAAAGAGAUCCCUUGUAAAUACAUCUUGAAUAGAUGGAUGAAAAGUAUGAAGAGAAGGCAUGCAUAUGUAAAGACCAGCUAUGCUGCCAAGCAGCUUCAACCUCAGAUUCAAAAGUUUGAUUUAUUAUGCAAACAAUUUGAGAGUGUUGCUGAGGUUGCUUCCGAAUUCGAGGAAACAAGUUCUUUCGUAAAGAAUACUAUUUGUGACUUGAAAGAGAAGUUGGAAUCGUGGGCAUCUUGUUUGAGAAACUCAUCUGAUAUGGCAGUGCCUAUAAGUUGUGCAGUUGAAGGUACUUGAAUGUCUGUCAGGUGAGAACAUUGUCAUUUUGUUAACUGCAAUAACUAUAAGCCAAAUGUAUAGGCAUGGAAAAUUAAGCUUCUGUAGAUAAAUAUGUAUUUAAGCCCCAAAGAGUACUCUUGAAAUCAUAAUCAUCUAAUACAUAUUUAGAAGAGGUAUUCUUACCUUUUGAAACAUGUACUGUACUGUAUGUAGAAUAUAUGUUGACAAAAUUAACGGUUACCUGCCCUUUGGUUUUUUU